AACAAAAAUUUCACCAGCUGCUGCGACUCGCUCAGUUGUUGCACAGCACCUGCUUCCGGUCACGGCUCCUACGAUCUCUCGACGUGGAUUUGCCAGGCGCCGAGUCUUCAUCAUGAUUCAUCCACUGGUUCAGAAAUGAAUGCAACCAGCGACUCGAGUUUGCCGGCAUGGCUUUCCGUCGCCGGAGUGCUCCUCUCGUCCACUCUCACGAUCCUCUCCUACGCGCUGUAUCCAGUCUUCCUUCUGUUAAGAGCAAUAUGGUACAUUCUGGCGUCUCUAUCGGCGCCUUUUAUAUACAUGGGACUUGUCGUCACCAACGCUUCGCUGAUUCCAUGGCGCGUCUUCGCCGCUUUCGAGCCGCUCUGGUACUUUCUCGGCAGCGCAGUUCUGCUGGGGCUACUAUUCGCGCUUGCCUUGCAUUUCACCAUGCGCGUCUUCGUUGUUGUAUUUCGCCUUGAUCGCAGCACUCCGAAGCCGAUUCCAGCCAAAGGCCACGAUGCGGUAUCGUACCGAAAGGCAAGGGAAGCAAAGAAAAAGAAACAGCUGGAGGAACAACAGAGACUAGCCGCCGAGGCUCGAUUGAUUGCUUCGCAACCCUUCCUACAAGAAGUGGUGCGGGAAGCAAGGAAGAUGCCUGUAUCAGGCGCGGCGCCUGCGGGUUCGCUUAGCCCUUUGGGCCCAAGCAAUACGGCACCAAGUCGGCCCGGGCUUUUGCAGGAGACGAUCCUGGAACACAGCGAUGAGGACGACAAUGACUCGGUGUUCUAGACCUCAUUGGCUUUUAGUGGAUCCCCGAAUUGUUGAGCGCCUGCUCGAACAAUUCCUUGCAGCGGACCCGGCUGCCCAGUCGAGCACACAGGAGGAACGCUCCGCUCAGUUUCCGAUGCAGACUGUAGGUCUCUUCUGGCGGAGGUGCCAAUCUUUCUCUCAGCAUGACGGGAAUGAGGGCCCGAACUCGAUCGGUGAUAGUUUGGUCCUGGAAGUCAUAGACGUCCGGACUGAAAUCCAUGAAGGGUUCGGCAAGCGUCAUGACUGAAUCGAUAUGGGCGUUCAACAUGGCCUUAGAUUCAUAACCAGUCAGAUAGCCAAGCUGGAUGGAAAAAUCUCUGCAAGCGUCCCUGUCUUUUCUCGAGGCGGCAAUGAGGGUCUUGAUGUAGAGUUGAAUGAACUUCUCGGGAAAUUCUCUGGAUGCGCCAAAGUCAAGUAACUCCAACUUAUUCGUUUCAGAAUUGUAGAGGAAGUUAGUCCAAUUUGGAUCCGUC